AUGCUGCAGCGGCAACCAUCGCUGCCACCACCGAUGUUGCAGCCACAGCCACCGGUGACGAAGCAUUCCCGUACCCACCUUAGUGACUUAAAAUCACAGAUAGCAAAGCGGCUGGGCCAUGAGCGAGCAAAUAACUACUUCAGCUAUCUGAAUGGUUUACUGUCACAGAAGCUAAGCAACCGUGAGUUCAACAAGCUUUGCAUUUUGACACUCGGUCAUGAGAAUCUUCCCUUGCAUAAUCAGCUGAUCCGGUCGAUCCUUCAAAAUGCCUGUCAAGAAAAGGCUCCUCCAGUCAAUUAUGGCAAAUUUGCACAAAGGUCAACUGUUAUUAUGUCAAAGACAUCUCCUCAAGUAGAUGAUGGACUUGAUUUUUCACAAGCCCGGACACAGUCAGGAAAUUGGUCCAAUGGGGAUAUCUUGCCACGGUCACCAUGCAAGUUUAAGAGUGGUAUUGAUAAUCACAGUAUCUAUGACCACCCUGGUCCUCUUCGACCAAAUGGGAAGGUGGAGGUUGGUUUCCGUGAGAAUGGUGUCAUGAACUCAUGUAAUUUGAAGAGACCAUUGCAGCGACAGCAGGAUGGACCUUGCAAGUUGCCAACAAAGAGAACAAGGAUCGAGGAACCAUCACUGCAUGCCCAGGGCUCUGUACAUAACAAGGUUCUUUCUGAAGCAGUUCUCCUAGAACAUGUGGAGGAUGUGGACUGUAGGGGUAGUUUAGACUCCCAUAGACAUCCGCUUCGGGCUCCACUUGGAAUUCCUUUCUCUUUGACGAGCAUUGGCAAGGCAAGAAGGACACUUCUCUCGGCUGGUACCAGUAUCAACGAUGGCUUUUGCAGGAAUUAUGAUUGUAGCGAACUGUACCAUACUGAGGUAUUGAAGAAACGAAUGGAUAAAAUGGCUCAAGCACAGGGCUUAGAAGGAGUAACAAUGGACUGUGCCAACUUGCUAAACAAUGGGUUAGAUGCGUAUUUGAAGAGGUUGAUUAAAUCAUGCGUUGAUCUAGUAGGAGCAGGAACAGAGCAUGUAUCAACAAAACGGGCAGUUCCCAGUCUUCUGCCUUAUGCAAAGCCCAUUAAUGGUGUUUGGGCAAGAAGUAACAUCCAAAGGCAAGGUAGUGUUGGACCUUUGAUAGGCACACAUAUGUUACAUUUGAAGGAUUUUAGGGUAGCAAUGGAGCUAAAUCCACAGCAACUUGGGGGCGAUUGGUCCUUGCUUCUUGAAAAAAUAUGCGUUGACUCGUUUGAGGAAUAG